UUGCUCCUGACUCUCAAGAACCUACCUUCACCUCUCCGCCUCUCACUUUUUUUUUUCUCUCUAUAUCGAUCGAUCUGCAAGUAAGAGAAAGAAUCGCCCCAAAUUCCACCAGAUCCGGCAUCAUCUUGCUUUGGUCGAGAUCUGACCCCUAGUUUUCCGUCCGUCAGUUAGAAUCGGAGCUCCAUUCGCUGGGGCUACGAUGGAGGAGGCACUAGAGGCGGCGCGGGCUAAGGACACCAAGGAGCGAAUGGCCGGCGUGGAGAGGCUCCUCCAGGUGCUGGAGUCUACUACAAGGAGUCUCUCAUCCGCCGAAGUCACCUCCCUCGUCGAUACCUGCAUGGAUCUCUUGAAGGACAGCAACUUCCGUGUCUCCCAAGGUGCACUCCAGGCGCUGUCCGCUGCUGCAGUGCUUUCGGGCGAUCACCUCAAGAUCCAUUUCAACGGCCUUGUGCCGGCUGUCGUCGAGAGGCUUGGGGAUGGGAAGCAGCCCGUGAGGGAGGCGGCGCGGCAGCUUCUCAUUACUCUCAUGGAGGUAUCAUCCCCGACAAUCAUUGUUGAAAGAGCUGGAAGUUAUGCAUGGGCACAUCGAAGUUGGAGAGUGCGUGAAGAGUUUGCUCGUACAGUUUCCACAGCAGUUGGACUUUUUGCUUCGACAGAGCUACCUCUUCAGCGAGUCCUUCUUCCUCCUGUUUUGCAGUUAUUGACAGACUCUAAUCAAAGUGUAAGAGAAGCUGCUGCUUCAUGUAUUGAGGAGAUGUUUGCACAGGUAGGAACCCAAUUUCAUGAGGAAUUGCAACGUCACUCUCUUCCUUCUUCCAUGAUAAAGGAAAUCAAUGCCAGGUUAGAAAAGAUAGAACCAAAGGUUCUGCCAUCUGAUGGGGUUAGAAGUCACAUUUCUACCGACAAUAGAACAGCUUCUGCAAGUCAUAAGAAGAGCAGCCCAAGGACAAAAAUUUCUACCAGAGAAACCUCAUUUUCUAGUGGUGAAUUUGAUAUUACUGAAAAGCCUGUGGUGCCUAUUAAGGUUUUCACUGAGAAGGAGUUGGUCAAGGAGAUGGAGAAAAUAACAUCUACACUAGUUCCAGAGAAAGAUUGGUCACUUCGUAUUUCUGCCAUGCAAAGAGUUGAAGGCCUUGUCAUUGGAGGUGCUGCUGAUUAUCAAUCAUUUCCUGUGCUAUUAUUAAAGCAGCUAGCUCCUCCGAUAUGCACUCAGCUAUCGGAUCGACGCUCAAGUAUUGUGAAGCAGGCCUGCCAUCUGUUGAACUUGCUAUCAAAGGAAUUGUUGGGAGACUUUGAAGCUUGUGCUGAGAUGUUCAUUCCAGUUCUUCUAAAGCUUGUUGUGAUAACUGUUCUAGUGAUUGCUGAGUCGGCAGACCAUUGCAUUAAAACUAUGUUGCGCAAUUGCAAAGUUGCUCGUAUACUCCCUCGGAUAGCUGAGAUUGCAAAGAGUGAUAAGAGCUCUGUUCUUCGUGCUAGAUGCUGCGACUAUGCACUUCUAAUACUGGAGUACUGGGCUGACGCUCCAGAAAUUCAGCGUGCUGCGGAUCUUUAUGAGGAACUAAUAAAAUGUUGUGUUGCAGAUGCAAUGAGUGAGGUGCGCUCAACUGCUCGCACUUGCUAUCGGAUGUUCACAAAAACAUGGCCUGAACGCUCCAGGAGGCUUUUCUUGUCAUUUGAUCCUGCCAUACAAAGGUUAAUAAAUGAAGAGGAUGGAAGUAUACAUAAACGACAUGCUUCUCCUUCUAUACGUGAAAGGGGAUUACAAUUAUCACACAGCUCUUCUCAGGCAUCUCAGGCAUUUAGUACAGGCAUACCUGGAUAUGGAACCUCUGCUAUUGUUGCAAUGGACAAGGGUGCAACUAGUUCUGUUGGCACAUCUCUUUCUUCAGCUGGCCUCCUAUCACAAUCCAAGACACUUAGGAAAAAUCCAGAAAGAACACUUGAGAGUAUGCUUGAUGCGAGCAAACAGAAGGUAUCAGCUAUAGAAAGUUUACUGAAAGGUGUGAGCAUAUCUGGCAAGCAAAGCUUCACAAGUACACGCUCGACCAGCUUGGAUCUAGGAGUUGAUGCUCCAUCUACUCGUGAUCCACAAGUUCCAAGUAGUGUUUCCUCCAACCUUUUUCCUGUACAGGGUUCAGUAUUAGUUGAUUCAAAUGCUGCAAACAUUGCAAAAGGCAAUAAUAGGAAUGGUGGUUCAAAUAUGUCUGAGCUCCUGACUUCUCAAGUACAGUUAAGCAGAGACUCUUCAAGGUCAUCUUACUUCAGCCCAUCUGAUACCCUUUCAGCUUUGUCAUUGUCGUACAUGAAAAGAUCUGAAAGAUUGCAAGAAGGAUGUGGUAUUGAAGACAAUGUUGAUCUCAAAUUUUCUAGGCGAAUUUCAAGUAUGCCAAUUGAUAAACAGUAUCUGGAAACACCAUAUAAAGAUUCUUUCUAUCGAGAAUCACCAAAUAGUUACAUUCCUAAUUUUCAACGUCCACUUCUUAGGAAACAGGUGACAGGAAGGGCGAUUGCAAGUAGUAGAAAAAGUUUUGAUGAUAGUCAAAUCCAAGGAACUGAAAUACAUAGUUAUAUGGAUGGUCCAGCAUCUCUAAACGAUGCACUCAACGAGGGAUUAAGUGCUAGUUCAGAUUGGGUAGCAAGGGUUUCUGCCUUUAAUUAUCUUCGGAGUUUGUUGCAGCAAGGCCCAAAAGGCAUUUUAGAAAUCACGCAGCAUUUUGAGAAGGUCAUGAAAUUAUUUUUCAGAUACUUGGAUGAUCCCCACCACAAAGUUGCUCAGGCAGCUUUUUCCACUCUUGCUGAAAUUAUUCCCGUAUGCAGAAAGCCCUUUGAAAGUUACCUAGAAAGAACAUUGCCACAUGUCUUUUCUAGAUUAAUUGAUCCAAAGGAACUGGUUAGGCAACCAUGUUCAACAACUUUAGAGAUCGUUAGUAAGACAUACAAUGUUGAUUCUCUUCUUCCAGCACUUGUUCGUUCUUUAGAUGAACAGAGAUCUCCAAAAGCAAAGCUUGCUGUCAUUCAAUUUGCAAAUAAUUCGUUUAAUAAACACACAAUUAACCCAGAAGGUAAUAGUAAUAGUGGCUUUAUAAAGUUAUGGCUUGGCAAGUUAUCACCUUGGGUGAAUGAUAAAAAUGUAAGGCUGAAGGAAGCAUCCAUAUCUGGCAUCAUAUCUGUUUACACCCAUUUUGAUUCAACAGCAGUCUUGAAUUUUAUUCUGAAUCUCUCUGUUGAAGAACAAAACUCAUUGAGACGGGCCCUUAAGCAGUACACACCCCGUAUUGAGGUUGAUCUGAUGACCUUCUUGCAGAAUAAAAAAGAACGUCAACGUUCAAAGUCUUUCUAUGACCAAUCAGAUGUUGUUGGAAGUUCUUCCGAGGAAGGUUAUGUUGGAGGAUUAAAGAAAUCUCACCAAUUGGGUCGUUAUUCUGCUGGUUCACUUGAUGAUGAAGGUGGGCGUAAGUGGAGUUUAGGUCAUGAAUCAACUGAACUUGAUGCAUCCAUUGUUCAUGUAACUUCCAAUGAAAUUCACCAUUCCAGCCAAAAUCUUGAUGAGUUUAUUUCUGACCCAUUAUUGCAAGGCACUGAUUCAGGUACCAAUUGCCUAAAGAAAACAGAUUAUGCCAUUGAACAUGAGAGUUCUAUACCAACUCCGCGUCUCAGUAUCAAUAGAUUUAUUGUUUCUGAUGGUCAUAAACCUAUCGACUUGAAUCAUGGUGGUGAAAUUAGUAAAGGUUCUGAGCUUAAACACCUUAAAAAUAGUCCUGUAAGAGCUAACCUCCAAGGUGACAGUGGGCCUAGUAUUCCCCAACUUCUUCAUCGGAUUUGCAAUUCAAGUGAUGUUAACUCAGAUUCAGAUAAAACUGAGGCACUGCAACAGUUGGUCGAAAUUUCAUCAAAAAAUGAUAUCUCUGUCUGGACAAAGUAUUUCAAUCAGAUAUUGACAGCUGUGCUCGAGGCAUUGGAUGAUUCAGAUCCUUCAACAAGGGAGCUUGCUCUUUCUUUGAUAUUUGGAAUGCUCAAUAAUCAGAAGAGUGAGAUGGAAGAUUCUGUUGAAAUUGUUAUCGAGAAGUUGUUACAUGUGACAAAAGAUGUAGCUGUGAAGGUCUCAAAGGAAGCAAACCAAUGCUUGAAUGUAGUCCUAUCAGAAUAUGAUCCAUUUAGAUUCUUUAGUGUAAUUGUUCCUUUGUUGGUCAGUGAUGAUGAAAAGACCCUUGUUGUUUGUAUCAGUUGUUUAACUAAGCUUGUCAGCCGUCUUCCACAAGAUGAUUUGAUGAAACACUUGCCGUCAUUUUUACCUGCCCUGUUCGAUGCAUUUGGAAACCAAAGCCCAGAUGUGAGAAAGACUGUCGUUUUCUGUUUGGUGGAAAUAUACAUUAAGCUUGGCAAAUCUUUUUUACCUUAUUUGGAGGGUCUCAGUAGCACACAACUACGACUCGUGACAAUCUACGCCAAUCGAAUCUCCCAAGCUAGAUCUGGUGCUCCAAUUGAUUCUAGUCAUUAGAUAUGUGGUAUUUUUGUGUUAUUGUUUGUGGAUAAGUUGAGGUCGUGUAUCUGUAUAGUGUAAAUCACACUGUCCCCUCUUGUUUGAUGAUUGUAUGGAUGACCUUUUUUCCUUAUUCUGGGUGGUGGUUUUCCAAAUGACUUUUGGUGGAGAUCAGUGAUGUUUUCCAGAAACGGAUUGAGUGGAGCCUCCAUCAAUCUUUUAGUGCCAUAUUGCUUAGUUAUCAAAGGGUGAUAAUUUUAACUAAUUUGCAGAAA